CUUUCCCCCUGAGGAAGAUCCACCUUCAGAGAGGCAGCGGAGCAGCCGUCUCCCUGAACACAUGUUAAACGUCCUGUAAGCCCGAGGAAGAGGAGGAGGGAGGCAGUCAUAGAGAGAGAGAGAGAGGGAGAGGGAGGCUCGGAGACAGACAGCAUGAGAGAGAAAGAGAUAGAAGCGGAGACAGACUGAGGAGAGAAAUAUUCGGAGGAAAGAUAAAGCCGGGAGGCGGGGUGGUGGGCGGCAGAUCGGAGGCACAAAACACUCGGUGUGUUUGUGCGUGUGUGUAAAGAGGAGCCUCGGAGCGCUGAGGGAAGCGUGCAUGUAGCAGGAGAAGGGAAAGCGGUGUAUCGGGAGAAGUCGGUGCACGCCGGCAGAGUGAGGGAGGCAGCAGAGUAGGGGAAAAAGGAGGGGGGGGGGGGAAGCAAGGACUUUGAGAGCGAGGAAGAGGGAAAGGCAGUCCGGGGCAGAGCCGGCAGCGCUCUGUUUGUGGAUGUAAACUUUGUCAUCUGCGGGAUCAGUCGGACAGCAGCUGCGGAGCAGGAGGAAAGCGUGCCGGUGGAUUACCAUGCGUGUCCUCUGAAUGCACCAGGAUGCUGCGUCUCCACCAGGACGGGGGUCCGUGACGAGCGACAGGAGGUCAGGAACCAGCUGUGGCUGGGAAACAGGGGAUCGCCGCGGGUCAGGCCACUCCUCGCCAUCCACCGCAGCGCUUCGUGGUGAUUGAUUGAACCUGCCUAAUGCAUUGGGACCAAUUGAACGGUCACAGAUGUGCGAGCCCCACCCCCUCAGAUGCCUGUGCAGAUGAAAGUGUUUACACCGACGCUGAUUUUGAUGCCAUCUCGGCAUUUCAGGGAAAAGCUGGCUGUGGCUCGCCUGCAGAGGGAAGUCGCACGGAGCAAGAGCGAAGGAACAAUGCGAGAAAAGCUGAUCCACGAGCUAGAGGAAGAGCGACGCCUGCGACUGGAGAGCGAGAAGCGUCUCCGGGAAGUGACGGAGGAGUCCGAGCUGGGUCGGGCGCAGGUGGUUUCACUGCAGCAGCAAUUCUCCAGGAUGGAAGAGACAGUGCGGUCGCUGCUGCAGAAUCAGGGUGUCCUGGAGCAGACUGCUGUGGACACGGUGGACAUCAUGAAGGUCUACAAGGAUAAACUCUCUGAGGAAGUGCAGAAACAGCACGACGGCCCUGUAGAGAAGGGCUCCCUGCCGGCGACUCAAGCGGAGCCGGACCCCAGGCUGCUGCCGAAUCCUGAACAUGAUGCCAGCCAAGCAGAAGAGGAUAAAGACAAAACCAAGCUCCUGCUGGAGCGCCUCAAGGCCCUGGAGGAGGAGAACUCCGCCCUGGCCUCAGAGAAUGAGAGUCAGAGGGAGCAGUACGAGCGCUGUCUCGACGAGGUUGCCAAUCAAGUCGUGCAGGCGCUUCUAACCCAGAAGGAUCUGAGGGAGGAGUGUCUGAAGCUGCGAACAAGGGUUUUCGAUCUCGAGCAGCAGAAUCGGGCGCUCGGUGUUUUGUUCCAGCAGAAGAUCAAGCCGGCCUCGGACCUGCUUCUCCAGAAACUCCACUCUCGGAUCAUGGAUCUGUCUGCAGCAGAUUUGCUCCUGGAGCCAGAGAGAAGCAAGGCUUUCCUACUUUCCAGGAAUACAGACUCCCCCUCUAAUGAGGUUCAGUUGAAUGGAAAGGCAGGUCUCCCUGUGGCCAAAUGUCUGAGCCAGCUGAGCCUGACGGUGCCAGCGCCCGUGUACCCACGCAGCAGCUGUAGCAGCAGUGAGCUGUCGCUGUCGAGCGCGUGCAGUGAAUUCUCCAGCGGCUCAUACACCUGGAAUGAUGGACGCUCCUGUGGGAAAAUGUCAUCUCUGACGUGGGAGAAGAGGCUGAGUUUGGGUUCGUCUGCCCCUAGUAAUAUCUGUGCUGCUCAGGAGGAGCACCUCCCCACAAGACGUAAGGAGAGCCACAUACUGGAAGGACUGAGAAAGCUCCAAAGGAGGAAACACAGGAGCUCCUCCUGUUCCUCCAAGGUCUCCAAGUCAGGCUACAAAGACUGCAUGAACUCCAAUGAGGGCAUCUACUCACUGGGCAUCAAGAGUAGCAGUAAAGGGGUGUCUAGGCCUACCCAUGUGGGGAGAACUGCUCGAGGAAAGCAGUUUGCUUAUGAUUCUGAUGAUGCAGAUGAUGAACUGGCACAUUCUAGUUGUAGAGAUAACAUCCCCACCAAGGACAACUCGUUUCACUGUAAGAAGCUCUCACACAGCAUCUCAGACAGUUUAUGUAGCUGGGAGGGAACGCAAGACAGCGGAGGUGACACUAUCUCAAGUCCUGUGGCUACUAAACACCCUUCUGGGUAUGACUCAAAGGAGCAGCCUGAAAGACUCAUGAGUUUUAUUAACAGCCUUCUCCCUGAAGGAGGGCGGAUAUCAGCUUUUACGAGACCAUCGAAGCUGCACCUCACCCCUACUGAACCAGAGGUUCCCUGUCUCUCUGAUGCAGAUGAUCUGGAGGAGCUAAAGUCUGAGUCAAAUGACAUCCGAAUGUCCUUUAGCCAGCCACCAGAGCAAGCCGAGAGGGACUCGAAGAGGUUGUCAAGAGAUGCUGCCAAGCUGAUUACACAGCAGUGCUUGCGGAGAGACCAGGUUCGUACCCAGUCUGCAGAUGGAAGACCCAGGCCUUUCAGCCUGAUUAAGGAGCCCAAAGUGGCCAAAUGCACCCAGUCUGAGGAGAGCGUGUUGGCAAUAUUUGAUGCAGAAGGAGAGCCUAUUGAACUUCGUGCAGAGAAACUUGCAGCAGCUGCUGGGACUCUAAAAGACAUUCAGGGUAGCAAAGUAGUUCCUGACUACACGGAACUGGUGCCCCAAGAGAGGCCAACAAAGCAGAAACCCUCAAAAUCAAGAAACUACAGUGUUCUUGAGUCUCCAGAGAAGCCGUCUGAAUAUCAGAUCAGGACCCACAAGCCAAGGGAGCAAAGCAGUAGCAGGGAGGGAAGUGCAGAGAGGCUAUCAAUGCAGCUGACUCCACAACGGAAACUUAUCAAACCACCAAGCAAUCGAGCUAGUAAAGGCCAUUCCAUCCCUCCCAUGAAUGACGCUGCUGGUUCCAAGUCCAGUAGUUCAAAGAUACCUGGUAGUAAUAAACCUUCAGGAUCCCCACUGAGAUUAUCUAAGGGCUCUGCCACUGAACCAAGUAACAGCGGGAACUCAGGACCCCCUGGGCAGGAGAAAUCCCCCUCCUCUCCGACAGUUAAAAUGUCCAGAUUCAUCAAGACACCAGGAACCUGUAUUCAAAGCCCAAAAGCGGUGAACUCAAAGCUCCCCAGCAGGGCCGAAUGGAAUAAGGGCACCUCAUCGAGUUCCCCUCACCUCUCAAGGAGACACCUGGAGUAUGCUGACAAUGGCGAACAGCCAACCAGAGACAAACACUGUGAAAACAGCAAAAAUAAACUCAGGUCCCCCUCUCCUCCCCCUCCCCCGGGCCGCACCACCUCUUUACUGAUCAGACCAAAUUACGAGGGGUCGCCUCAAGCACAUAAAACAGGGGUGACUCAACCAUCCACACCAACCACUGUGAGGGGCCCACCCCCAAGUUACCACACCUCACUUUUACCAAAUAUGCAAUCAACGCUACCCAUCAAGGAUAAAGACUGUUUAGACUUGGAUGCAGGCUACGGGACUGCACUUGCACCUCAGAAACUGGUUGACAAAACCAGUCAGCACCUUCAAAAGUCCCCUGCCGUGACUAAGACACCUGCUAAAGGCGCUUCCAAGCGGAUGACCACGAAAGACUACCUCCCUUCUGCAAACUCAGGGUGUGCUCGAGAACCUGAAACCGCACCUAAAACCUCGAAGAAUGUCCCUCCUCCCUACAGUGCCCUCAGAGGGUCCUCAUUUCAGAACUCACCUGCAAGCAAAAAAGGAUCUGCUAAUGAAAAUGUCCAUCAGUCAGUGCAGAAGACCUCUAUUAGUUUACCUGUUUCACUUCAGGACACACCUCAAGGUCAGGCAGAGCCACAAACUGGCAAAGCUGUAGACAGCUCUAUUAUUAUGUCCCCUAACCUAGCAGAAAAAGCCUCAAAGACUCGCAUCCCAAUGGGCUUUAAGGCAUUUUUAAAGUCUCCUCCUAGCCAUAAAAAUAGUCCCUCUAUACCAGGCAAACAAGAGAAAGAUCAUAUCAACUCAGUCUCCAAGGAGACUGUGACUUCAAAUGCUUCUGCCCAGUGUGACAACUUGCAGACAGAGUACAAUAUUGAUUCGCCAUCCAAGAUGUCUGUUACAGAGGGGAAAGGUGAAGUCCAGUGUAGGUUACUGGAAGUAGAAUUACAAGCUACUGUGCUGCCAGAGGAAGGGGGUGUUUGCGAUAAUGGGAAAAGGAGUAGUCAGCUUUUUGGCAGAUCCAUAUCUAUUGCUGCCAAACCUCAUUUAAAGCCAGCGUUAGGGAUGAACGGGGCAAAAGCUCGUAGCCAGAGUUUCAGCACCAACUACAUUGAAAAACCAAGCAUCAAUUCCUUAGAUGGGCCGGGAAAAAUCAGAACUCAGAUCAUUACCAACUCAGGUGAAAGGGGGAACUCUCUGUCGAGACAGAGUUCCUUAGAGGCGACCUGUGCUGGGUUAGCAGAGAGCCCUGUUCAUUCCCCAAGGACAAGACUUAGCCACUAUGGAGGCAUGACAGGGUCAAAUAGUCACGGCAUCCUCCCUGAGAGAGCUUUCAAAUUGGGUUCGAAAGUUGAGGGGUCACAGGGCACAGUCAUGUCACCUUCUCACAAAGUGGUUCGUAGUUUACCCAUGAGUGAUAGGACUGGUUUAAACAUCCGUAAGCCAUCGAAGGUUGCCUCUCAUCCACAGUUUCAUCCUCCGUCCUCUUGUGUCUACGGCUUGGAAAAUCCAGUUAGAGAGACAGAAGACAAAGCAGCAUUCCCUAAUGAGCCAGACUUCAGCAGGGAAGGCAAAACCCAGGCGGACUCCCCAAACAAACACCCAGAUAUGGAGGAGAAAAAAAUCAGCCCAACAGUCACCACUAUUGAAGAGAAAGUCAUGAUGGGAAUUGAGGAGAAUGUGCAGAAAUGUCAAGAACAGGAGAAGGUCGCUGCCACCGAGGCCAAACAGAAGACGGGUCCCUCUCUGGCAAACUGGUUCGGCCUCCGUAAGAGCAAACUUCCAGCUCUGAGUAGUAAAAAAGCCGACUCUCCCAAGGGAAAAGAGGAGAAGAAAGAGCUGAAGAUCGGAUCAGUUCUUGGAGGCAAACAGAUGAAGUCUGACAAGAAGAAGGAUAAGAAGAAAAAUGAUAAUCAGCAGAAAGAAAGCCAGGAGGUGCAGGGUCUGUCUGAGAUGAACAACAAGCUUAGCUCCAUUAUGGACCACUGCAACAAUCAGAUGGGUCAGAUUGCCAGUCAGAUCCAGUGCACGACGGCCUUUAUUGGAAAAGACCAGUUUGUGAAAGAGCUUCUUGGCAGGACCGCUGUGAAGGGCAGCUCCGUGGCCACAUCGCCGCCUGGGAUCUCCACGCCCAAGAAACACAGCGAAACGAAGGGAGAUAUGGAGAUCUGUUCAGAUACUGCUACCCUCAUAAUGACAGAGAAGAUCAACCUAAAGGCUGAAAAUGUAGAGGGACACAUCCCAGAUGCAGCUUGUCAAGACCACAUGUUAGGCUUCGGCUGUCAGAUGAGAACCCUGGACAGUGGCAUCGGCACCUUCCCUCUCCCCGAUUCUGUCACCCGGGCCAGCGGUCGACAUAUCCCUAAAUCUGAAUCCAGCCCCGAGGGGUGACCGGCGGCUCCUCUGAGCUCGAUCGGGAGCCCCCCUCUUCUCACCCUGACCCCUCACAACCUGUUGUGAAAGUGCCUUCCCUUUCAAAACCCCACCCGCAUGUCUCUAUGAGCAUGGGUCACUCCCUGUCUGACCCCACUGUGACCUGCAGCAACGACAACGCUCGGGACACCCAGAGCCGCCUGCCCAAAUUAGCAUCCUCAGAUGCAAUCCAAACAAAGAGGUUGAGUUUUUGUGCCCCACGCAGCAACAUCUCAGGUUCCACUGAGGACAAAGAGACAGAAGCAGAGAGGAAGAUGAAAUCCAAGGACCAUGAUAUGCCGGGC